AUGUCGCUGCACGCCGACCUGCUCGGCGACCCCGUCGCGCGCAUCCGCCACUCGCCGCACUACCUCAGGGCGGUACGCGGAUGGGCGUCGCGCUGCAGCUGGUGCGUCAGCUGGAGGAGUGGUUCGAGCUCAUCAGCGCCGAGUACGCGUACAUGGCCACCGACAGGUCCAACGAGGCGUCGCUGCGUCUCUUCACCGGCCGCUGCGGGCUCCACCGAGUUCCGUUCGCUGUCCCUGCUCGUGCACCCAGUGCACUCGCACCGGCUCAAGGCGCCGCGCCGCGCCACGGUCGUCCGCCUCGGCGCCCACGACGCCGAGCAGUUGUACCGCAGCCGGUUCGUCGCGCACGUCGAGUUAUUCCCCGCGGACAUCGGCCACGUCCUGGACAACGCGCUCUCCCGCGGCACGUUCCUGGCGAUUGUCGGCGACGGCUUCGAGUGGGGCGGUGACGUCGGCCGCUUCCUGGCGUCCCCGCCGGAGUCGUGGGCCGUGGCGAGCGCGUGGCACUGCGGCGGCGUGUUCCGCCUCGAGUGGCUGCGCGUGCCGUCCGUGCCCGUCCUGUUCCGCCCGUUCGCGGGGUGGUUCGUGUACGGCCUCGCCGGGAGCGGACGCGACGCCGCGCUGGCCGCGGAGGCGGUGUUCGCGUCCAUCCUCAACAUGGCGCGCGGCAGGGCGGCAGCCGUGGCAGUGGAGGUGGAGGCCAUGGACCCCCUCGGCAGGCGCAUCCCGCACCGCCUGUCGUGCACCGAGGACGUGUGGUGCAUGAAGCGGCUCGGCGGCGGCCACGCGGACGGCUGGGACUGGGCCAGGUCGGCCCCUGCAGCUCGCCCCAUCUUCGUGGACCCCUGGGAGGUAUGA